AUGAAAUGGAGGGAAAAAAAUUUACGAGUAUUUAUAUUUGGUGAUUAUGUAUUUCUGUGUGCUAUCUAUGGUAUCACAGGAGCAACUGGUCGUCAUUGCUGCUUAUUCUGUGAGAUCACAUCAAGUGAAAUGCAAUUGAAUACUGAAAAUCGGAAUCGACAAAUCAAUUUAAGAACGCUUCAAACUUUGAAAUCGGAUUAUGAACGAUUCAAAAAUAAUGGAGGCAACAUUAAAAAUGCAAAGAAAUUCAAUAAUGUAAUCGAUGAGCCAUUGUUUGAUAUACCAAUUGAUCAGGAGGCACAAAUAGCAGAAUGCUGUAAAGUUAAACUAUUAGAAGGACUUGGGCCAAUAAUAAAAGGAAUUGAAUCUGUUUUACAGUCGUGUGGAGUGCAACGUUAAGCAUAUCAUAGUUGCUCAUUCAUUAGAAAUCAUGUUCAUAAAAUGUUGAAGGUAUGAAAAUAUAAAUCUGUAUUUUCAUGAAUUUAUUUCAUAUAAACUAUUGUGUGUGUUGUGCAAGUUUUCAUAAAUUCUGCAUUAAAUUUUGAAUUAUAACCAACGUUCUUGAUCUAAUAUAUUGCAAUGCAUAUACAUAUAUAUGCAUAUAAAGCAUAUGCAUAUAAUAAUAACUUGUUGUACAAAUGUGGUUUAUGAUUUUUGUUUCAUUGUUUAGGUUGAUAACAUAAAAAAGUUAUGUGAUGCAAUUCCCCUAGUACUUUUUAUUAAUAUAAAACAUCAAGAACAUCCAAUUCACGUAGAGGCGAUUAAUAUACAACAAUUCAAUAUUUUGUUUAACAACUAUUCUAAGUGUCACAAUAAAAUGAACUCAUGUUAUUUAUUCAGCGAGGAAAAUAUCAAGAGUUUUGGUAAGUUUAUUAAUAAAUCUUGCCAAAGACAAAUAUUUCCACCAUUUAUUUACAAUUACUAGUUUUUUUUGUAGAAAUAACAGUAUGUGAAUUAA